GGUGGCCGCGCUGGCGUAGACGCUUCCUGACCAUGGUGGUGGUGGCAGCGGCGCCGAGCGCGGCCACGGCGGCCCCCAAAGUGCUGCUCCUGUCCGGCCAGCCCACCUCGGGCGGCCGGGCGCUGCCGCUCAUGGUGCCGGGCCCGCGGGCCGCGAGCUCGGAGGCGGCCGGGGCGCCGCAGGCUCGCAAGCGGCAGCGCCUCACGCACCUGAGCCCGGAGGAGAAGGCGCUGCGCCGGAAACUGAAAAACAGAGUAGCAGCGCAGACUGCUCGAGAUAGAAAGAAAGCCCGGAUGAGCGAGCUGGAGCAGCAAGUGGUGGAUUUGGAAGAAGAGAACCAAAAGCUCCUGCUAGAAAAUCAGCUUUUACGAGAAAAAACUCAUGGCCUUGCAAUUGAAAACCAGGAGCUAAGAAUGCGCUUGGGAAUGGAUGCACUGGCUACUGAAGAGGUUCCAGAGGCAGAGUCCAAGGGGAGUGGAGUAAGGCCGGUGGCCGGGUCUGCUGAGCGCAGCACUCAGACUACGUGCACCUCUGCAGCAGGUGCAGGCCCAGUUGUCACCUCCCCAGAUCAUCUUCCCAUGGAUUCUGACACUGUCGACUCUUCAGACUCUGAGUCCGAUAUCCUUUUGGGCAUUCUGGACAAGUUGGACCCUGUCAUGUUUUUCAAAUGUCCUUCCCCAGAGUCUGCCAAUCUGGAGGAACUCCCAGAGGUCUACCCAGAAGGACCUAGUUCCUUACCAACCUCCCUUUCUCUGUCAGUGGGGACCUCAUCAGCCAAGCUGGAAGCCAUUAAUGAACUCAUUCGUUUUGACCAUGUAUACACCAAGCCUCUAGUCUUAGAGAUCCCCUCUGAGACAGAGAGCCAAACUAAUGUGGUAGUGAAAAUCGAGGAAGCACCUUUCAGCUCUUCAGAAGAGGAUCACCCUGAAUUCAUUGUCUCAGUGAAGAAAGAACCUUUGGAAGAUGACUUCAUUCCAGAGCUGGGCAUCUCAAACCUGCUCUCAUCUAGCCACUGUCUGAGACCACCUUCCUCCCUGCUGGAAGCUCACAGUGACUGUGGCUAUGAGGGCUCCUCUUCUCCCUUCAGUGACAUGUCUUCUCCACUUGGUACAGACCAUUCUUGGGAGGACACUUUUGCCAAUGAACUCUUUCCCCAGCUGAUUAGUGUCUAAAGAGCCACCCAAGAGUGGCUCCCUUUCCCUGACCAUACACUGCCCUGGAUGACAGCAGAGAGGCCAACGUAGAGGCUGUCUGGCCUUCAAGAAUUCCUCUAAAGUAUUUCAAACCUCAUAGAUGACUUUCAAGUAUUGUCUUUUAAUACCCAGCUGUCUAAGGUAUUCAGAGAUAUUCCAGAACUACAGCUUUUGAGAUUCUAGUUUAUCUUAAAGAUAGUUUGUCUGCAACACAGAGACGGUCACUUGACAGUUACCAUUUCCUAGCUAGCUUCAAACUAUGUAGCUGAGGUGAGGCUGGAAGGCCUGACCCUCCUGCCUCCACCUCCCAAGUGCUGGACUUACCCAGGUGUGCACCUCCACAACAGCCUCUUGACAUGUCCUAAAGUGGACAUGGGAUUUAUGAAUGGCCUUUUAUCAUUUCCCCCCCAAUGCCAGCUUCCUUUAGUUUACAAGCAGAGAAACACCAACCUAAGGAAGUUUUUCCUUCUGUUCAAGUGAAGAUCAAGACUCUGUACAAUUAUAGAAAUUUACUAUGUAAAUGCUUGAUGGAAUCUUCUUGCUAGAGUAGCUUCUGUAAGGUGCUUUCUCCAUUUAUUUAAAACUACCCAUGCAAUUAAAAAAGCGAUGCAGCAUC